GUGCGUGUGUGUGUGUGAGACUUGGGUAGACUAUGUAUGGAAGUUCCAGGGUGGUGGGCCAUGUGGAUGGCAGUCCAUCACGAUCUCCGCGGCUACCCCGAUCUCCUCGCCUGGGUCACAGAAGGACCAACAGUGGGGGAACUGGUGGCACGGGCAAGACCUUGUCCAUGGAGAACAUCCAAUCGCUGAACGCAGCCUACGCCACGUCGGGACCCAUGUACCUGAGUGACCACGAAGGGGUGGCCUCCUCCAGCUUCCCCAAAGGCACCAUGACCCUGGGCAGGGCCACCAACAGAGCCACUUACGGGGGUCGUGUCACAGCCAUGGGGAGCAGCCCCAAUAUCGCCUCAGUCGGACUCCCUCCAGGGGGUGACGUCCUGACCUUCAGUGACCAGCACAGCGGUCCCUCCUCUCACCAUCAUCACCAACAGCACCACCACCAUCAUCAUCAUCAAGUGCCCUCCUCCCUCAGGCAACACCAGGUGCGGGACAUCACCAUGAGUGAGCUCCAGGCGCAGUUCAAGGAGGUGCAGAGAGAGAACGAGUUACUCCGCAAGGAGCUGGAGGUGAAAGAGACCAAGUUAGGCUCGUCCAUGAACAGCAUCAAGACCUUCUGGAGCCCUGAGCUGAAGAAGGAGCGAGUGCUGAGGAAGGAGGAGGCAGCCAGGAUGGCAGUGUUCAAGGAGCAAAUGAGAGUGUCUCACGAAGAGAACCAGCCUUUGGAUGCCAGGAGAUCAAAGCACCUGCAGCUGACGAUCCAAGCAUUGCAAGAUGAGCUGCGAACACAGAGAGAUCUUAAUCACCUCCUGCAGCAGGAGAAUGUUAACCGGGGCGCUGAACACUACACCAUUGAGCUCACCGAGGAGAACUUUCGCAGGCUGCAGGCGGAACAUGAACGGCAAGCCAAAGAGCUCUUCCUUCUGAGGAAGACUCUGGAAGAGAUGGAACUGCGGAUCGAAACGCAGAAACAGACACUGACCGCCAGGGACGAAUCCAUUAAAAAACUCCUGGAGAUGCUGCAGAGCAAAGGGUUACCUUCCAAAUCCAUGGAAGAGGAACACGAACGGAAUCGCAGGAUAUCGGAGGCAGAAUCUCAAGUUAAUCACCUGGAGGUAAUUCUGGACCAGAAAGAGAAAGAGAAUCUCCAUUUGAGAGAGGAACUGCACAGGAGAGCUCCACUGCAGCCCGAGACCGCCAAGACCAAGGCUCUUCAGACUGUCAUUGAAAUGAAGGACACCAAAAUAGCUUCACUUGAGAGGAAUAUCAGGGAUUUGGAAGAUGAAAUUCAAAUGUUGAAGACAAAUGGAGCCUUGACUUCAGAAGAUCGGGAAGAAGAGAUUAAACAGAUGGAAGUUUACAAGAGUCACUCAAAGUUCAUGAAAAACAAGAUUGAUCAGUUGAAACAAGAUUUGUCCAAGAAGGAAUCCGAACUCCUUGCCUUACAAACCAAGCUUGAAACGUUGAACAAUCAAAACUCCGACUGCAAGCAACACAUUGAGGUUCUCAAAGAAUCUCUGACUGCCAAAGAACAGAGAGCUGCCAUACUACAAACAGAGGUGGAUGCACUGAGGUUACGACUUGAGGAAAAGGAAACCUUUCUCAAUAAAAAGUCCAAACAGCUUCAGGAUCUUACGGAAGAAAAGGGAACACUUGCAGGAGAGAUACGCGAUAUGAAGGAUAUGCUGGAGGUGAAAGAGAGAAAGAUUAAUGUCCUUCAGAAAAAGAUUGAAAAUCUUCAGGAACAGCUUAGAGAUAAAGAUAAGCAACUUAAUAACCUUAAGGACCGGGUUAAGUCGCUACAGACUGAUUCUAGUAAUACAGACACAGCAUUAGCCACGCUGGAGGAAGCUUUAUCAGAAAAGGAAAGAAUCAUAGAACGUCUCAAAGAGCAACGGGAAAGAGAUGAUCGUGAAAGAGUGGAAGAGAUUGAGUCGUAUAAAAAAGAAAACAAGGACAUGAAAGAGAAGAUUAAUACUUUGCAGUCAGAACUAGCAGAAAAAGAGUCUAGUUUGAUUGACUUGAAAGAACACGCGUCCUCUUUGGCUUCCUCAGGCUUAAAAAAAGAUUCAAAGUUAAAGUCUCUAGAAAUGGUCAUUGACCAAAAGAAGGAGGAAUGUAGUAAGUUGGAAGCACAACUGAAGAAGCAAGCUGAACAGUUGUUCAAUCAGAUGUACACACCAGCUCACGAUGCAGAACAGGAUGCUCGUUUGAACCCAGAGCUGGGUGAGAAAGUCAGACAACUUGAGAAAGAUGUGGUUUACUACAAAGAGGAGUCUGGCAAGUCCCAGGCCGAGGUCGACCGUCUCCUCGAGAUCUUAAAGGAAGUAGAGUCUGAGAAAAAUGACAAAGAUAAGAAAAUAGCAGAACUGGAGAGCUUGGCUUCCAGACAAGUAAAGGAUCAGAACAAAAAAGUGGCCAACCUGAAGCACAAGGAGCAGAUGGAGAAGAAGAAGAAUGCUCAGCUGUUGGAGGAAGCUCGCAAACGGGAGGACAACUUGACGGAUAAUUCUCAGCACAUGCAGGAUACGAUGCAGCAGAAAGAGAGUCGGAUUAAGGAGCUGGAGGAAGCCCUGCGUGAGAGUGUGCAGAUCACUGCGGAGAGAGAGGUGGUUCUAGCCCAGGAAGAGGCAGCUCGAUCUUCUACAGAGAAACAGUUGGAGGAGCUGAUGGCUGCACUGGAGAAGACAAGGCAGGAAUUGGAUUCCACGAAGGUUAGGCUGACCUCGACACAGCAGUCUCUGGCUGAGAGAGAAGCACACCUUGCCAAUCUGCGGAUAGAACGGAGAAAGCAACUGGAAGAAGUGCUGGAGAUGAAACAAGAAGCUUUACUCGCGGCCAUCAGUGAGAAGGAUGCAAAUAUCGCCUUAUUAGAAUUGUCCGCCUCCAAAAAGAAGAAGACACAAGAUGAAGUGAUGGCUCUGAAACGGGAGAAGGACAGACUGGUGCAGCAGCUCAAACAGCAGACGCAGAAUCGGAUGAAGCUGAUGGCAGACAAUUAUGAAGAUGACCAUCAUCAGCACCACCAUCACCAUCAUCAUCGUCACCGGUCACCGGCUCGAUCUCAGCAUAGUAACCACAGACCCUCUCCUGAUCAGAUGAUCCAGUCACUGUUGGAAGCAUUCAGCCACCGCCUCAAAUUAAAACUCUACAUCGACCACCUGACCACACUUUGCCUGGAGCGGAAUCCACAAGUUCUGGCUGAGCUGCCAGUGUUACCAGCCCACGAGGAAGAGGAGGAGGAUGAGGUUUCCCGAGAGCGUCAGUUGCAGAGUUUGACACCUGAGCAGCUAGAAGAAGAGUUGGGGAAAGAAGAAAAGGAAAAUUUGGCAUUGCAGGAAUACACCAACAACCUGCUUCAACUAAUCUCCGAUCUGCUACCUGACGUCCUGGAGCAAGUCGUCAAAAUGCUGGAGGAAGCUGUGUGAUCCGUGUAGGAAGGAAGUGAGGAGUUGCUUAAAUUCUGGAGUUAUCACACAUGUCCUGAAAAGCUUGGUGAAAUCGCUUCGUUCAAUCCGAUCGGAUCAAUGGAAAGAGAAGAUGGUGUUUCAAGCGUUCAAAGUAGCGUAUGGCAACCUGGACCAUCGUCUCAAAGCCACUCUUCAGCAAGUUGUGUUUGUGUAUAACUUGACAGAAUAUUAAGCCUAAAUUGUUCCAGAAAUAAAAUCUCAGCGAUUAUUUAGUGGCAUUUUUAAUAAUGAUCUGUACCUCCCGAAACCAGCAUUGAGAUUAGAAAGUCCAGGUGGUGUCAGGGAUUCAGAUACAUCUCAACUCCCUUCUGGACAUGGCUCACUGAUUAUACGGCCUUUCCAAGUGUCCUCUCCUCUGUCUGCUUUUAACCCACUUAUCGUCAACCUCUGCUGAGACUGCAGCCACAACGAGUUCAGGGAAUUCCACCAGUAAUCUUUCCUUACUUUCUUGUACCUUAGCUACGCUCACAUCUAGACUUCCAAAGGGGCGAGAACCAGGUCAGGAGUUUUGUAAAAAAAAUCUUUUCAUAUUUUUAGUGGGCAAUGUGCACUAAACGCGAAACUCGCCAUCUCUUGUUGUCUGAAAGAGUUGGGUUUUAAUGGUGAAAGAAUUCUCAAACAGUGGACGAAGAUUAUCCUUCUGAAUAAAGAAACCUGUGCCUCUCAAAAUGUACUGUGCAGCUGAAUAUGUUGAUUAGAUGAUCACAUUUUAACAAGGAAAAGUGGUAAAUGUGGAAGAGUAUUUAAAAUUCAGAAGGUUGCCCGUUAGACUGGGGUUGCUGUAUGUAAAGCACACGUCAGUAACUAUGUAUUGUUCUUUCUUACUGAUAUAGCUCAUUGCUCUGAUGGUAAUGGUUGUAGUUUAUACCAUUACGAUCAGGUUCUUAAAGGAAUUCAUUACCACUUGAUUUCUAAGCCUGACAAUUUGUGCAUAUGUAUAAUUGAGUUCUUAAUGUCCCUUCACAUUCCAUAGCAGUCGCACUUUACUGCUGUGAGAGGAGGACCAAUAGAAAACUUUUUUUUUAAAAAAAUAAAAAAAAACUGCUUAAGUGAAACCAAACCUCAAGAGCUUUCGUCAGUAAAAGGGCGAAAGCUCUUUGGAAUAUGUUCAGCACAUCUGGCAAAGUUUGCACUCACAGAGAACACAGGCAACAAGACGUAUGUAAGUAACAUUGUUGUCACUUUGCGGUGAUGAUCUUUCCGAGUGCCCUAACAAGCAGUUCUCUAUGUUUCUCAGUACAUCUGAAUACUUGAAGUAGGUGUUCCUACCACAAGGACCUAAUAAAGUAGAUGUCAUAGUCAAAGCAUAAAAGCGAUGAUGUUUAGCUGUUAGAUCAUUUCUAUGUAAUGUGCCAAUCUUGGAGCAGUUAUUGUAUUGGGGACAAUGAUGUUGUUCCUCGGAUUAUAGUUUAAACCUCAAACCAGGGUCUCAAUAUAAAACUCUGUGGGCAAAGGAGACCUGUUGCUCCAUCAAAUGAACAUGGACACUUCUCAUCGCAUAUUUUACAUCAAUACAUUUUCAGUAUAUUUUUUUUGAUACUUCGGUGUAGAACUCUGGGUUAAACACUGUGAUAAACAGAGUAACAAAAUAAACUACCAGUUCACCCACCGCUUCUCUUUACCCUCGGCUCGUUUUCAGGUCAAUAACUUGACCGGGUGUUCUGAUUGCUAUUUGCGACUGUACUACUACAUACCGUGUCAGUUUACUGUACAGUAAUUUUUUUUUGUAUUUGAGAUGUGUGUAACGAAAAAAAAGCACGUAAAUUCAGUUUGACUGUCAUUUGAAAGUGGAUUAAAGAUUUAAUUUCUGAAUAGUGUUUACAAGCGGACCAUAAAAAUGUUGGCACAAUGUUUAUCUGCAAUGUAGUCGUGUAGAAUGGUGUUUGAAUGUGAUGUACUGGAACAAGUGGAUCAGUGAUUCCCCAAGGUAGCCCCUUAAAUGUCCUGUCAAAUUCUAGUAACCUCUAGUCCAAUUAUUUUUCCCAAGUGCGUGGCAUGUCAUGGGUUCUGCUGUUGAUAUGUGGUGAAGAUGUUGACAUGGUACCAAAAGGAAUACUCGAGUAUGGUUUAAAAAACAACCAUGGGCAUGUUUCAAAACUGUUAUUGUACAUCAUUAUCUAGUAGACAUUUAGAGGAUUUAAAAGAAACGUAUACCACAUUCGAAACAUUGUCAUCAAUGUGCAAGAAAUAUUUAGCGUUGA